CAUCGAAGAUAGCGAGACCAAGUCUCUCUUCUCUCUCUCCUCCUCUUAUCCGCAGCCUUUCAAACCCUAGAAAUUCUCGAACUCCGUGCCUCUUACAUGUAAUCCUCAAGGGGCGCUAAAUUUUGAGGAUUUUGAGGUUGUGUGAGUUCGAUUUGGAGUUGAGGUGGAGGGAGGGAGUUGGUGUGGUUCAUCUUUGAUUUGUCUGUAGUCGGUGGAAUUGGAGUUCUGUGCCGUUUUUGUGUUGUUUUAGCCUUGAGGUGGGUGGUGUUCGAAGAUCGGGGUUUAAAGAUCGAAAUUAACGGUGCGGUUGCAGAUUUGAGCGCUCGACAUGUCUUCUUUGAGCAGAGAAUUGGUUUUUCUCAUACUCCAAUUUCUGGAGGAGGAGAAAUUCAAGGAGUCGGUGCACAGGCUUGAGAAAGAAUCUGGGUUCUUUUUCAACAUGAAGUACUUUGAGGAAAAAGUGCAGGCUGGCGAGUGGGAAGAAGUUGAGAAGUACUUGUCAGGUUUUACCAAAGUUGAUGAUAAUAGAUACUCAAUGAAAAUAUUCUUUGAAAUCAGGAAGCAGAAAUAUCUGGAAGCACUUGAUCGGCAAGACAAGGCGAAGGCUGUUGAGAUAUUAGUGGGUGACUUAAAGGUGUUCUCCACCUUCAAUGAGGAGCUAUACAAAGAGAUAACCCAGUUGUUAACUCUUAAUAAUUUCAGGGAGAAUGAACAGCUGUCGAAGUAUGGUGACACCAAAACUGCUAGAAGCAUUAUGUUGAUAGAGCUAAAAAAGCUCAUAGAGGCAAAUCCUCUUUUUCGUGAUAAGCUUCUCUUCCCUACCCUCAAGUCAUCAAGACUGCGAACUUUAAUCAAUCAAAGUGAAUUUAUCUAUGCCCAAUGCAGUCUAAACUGGCAGCACCAGCUCUGCAAAAACCCAAGGACAAACCCAGAUAUAAAGACUUUAUUCACAGAUCACACAUGUGCACCUCCUAAUGGUCCUCUGGCUCCUACACCUGUCAAUCUUCCAAUUGCUGCAGUUGCAAAGCCCACUGCUUAUACUUCACUUGGAGCUCAUGGUCCCUUCCCACCUGCUGCCGCAACUGCUAAUGCUAAUGCUUUGGCUGGUUGGAUGGCCAAUGCCUCAGCUUCAUCAUCUGUCCAAGCAGCGGUUGUGACAGCAUCAACUAUACCAGUUCCACAGAAUCAAGUGUCUAUCCUGAAACGUCCUAGAACCCCUCCUGCAGCUCCUGGGAUGGUUGAUUAUCAGAAUGCUGAUCAUGAACAGCUAAUGAAAAGACUUCGUCCUGGCCAUUCGGUAGAGGAGGUUUCGUAUCCCUUGGCUCGACAAGCCUCUUUGUCACUGGAUGAUCUGCCAAGAACGGUGACCAUGACAUUGCAUCAAGGAUCUGCCGUGACAAGCAUGGAUUUUCAUCCUUCUCAUCAUACCUUGCUUCUUGUUGGUUCUAAUAAUGGUGAAAUUACCCUCUGGGAACUAAGUUUACGAGAAAAGUUGGUCUCAAAGCCAUUCAAGAUAUGGGAUAUGUCAGCAUGCUCAUUGCCAUUCCAGGCUGCUGCAGUUAGGGAUGCCCCUAUUUCUGUCAGUCGUGUCACAUGGAGCCCUGAUGGAAGUUUUGUUGGUAUUGCUUUUACCAAACAUUUGAUUCACUUAUAUGCCUACACUGGAUCAAAUCCAAAUGAACUAGCCCAGCGUAUUGAGGUUGAUGCUCAUGUUGGUGGCGUAAAUGACUUGGCAUUUGCUCAUCCAAAUAAACAGCUGUGUGUCGUGACUUGUGGGGAUGAUAAGUCAAUAAAGGUAUGGGAUUUAAAUGGACGAAAACUAUUCACAUUUGAGGGACAUGAGGCACCUGUAUAUUCUAUUUGUCCCCAUCACAAAGAGAACAUUCAGUUCAUAUUUUCAACUGCCAUUGAUGGGAAAAUAAAGGCAUGGUUAUAUGAUAACAUUGGUUCUAGGGUUGACUAUGAUGCCCCUGGUCACUGGUGUACCACAAUGCUUUACAGUGCUGAUGGAACUAGGUUGUUUUCUUGUGGAACAAGUAAAGAUGGGGAGUCUUUUCUUGUUGAAUGGAAUGAAAGUGAAGGAGCCAUUAAGAGAACAUACAAUGGCUUCAGAAAGAAAUCUGCUGGUGUUGUGCAGUUUGACACCACCCAAAAUCGCUUUUUGGCUGCAGGUGAAGAUGGCCAAGUGAAGUUUUGGGACAUGGACAACAUUAAUCUUCUAACAAGCACAGAUGCUGAUGGUGGAUUACAGGGCCUUCCACGGUUGAGAUUCAAUAAGGAAGGAAAUAUCCUUGCUGUUACUACUGUGGAUAAUGGAUUCAAGAUACUUGCUAAUGCUACUGGUCUUAGAUCUUUAAGAACAAUUGAAACUCCAGCAUUUGAAGCAUUGAGGUCACCUAUCGAAUCAGCUACAAUCAAGGUUUCUGGCUCUUCUACUGUUAAUGUUAGUCCUGUCAACUGUAAAGUUGAAAGAAGCUCCCCUGUCAGGCCUUCUCCAAUUCUUAAUGGAGUUGAUCCCAUGGGUCGAAGUGUAGAGAAACCAAGAACUGUGGAAGAUGUAAUAGAUAGAGCUAAACCAUGGCAACUGUCUGAAAUUAUAGAUCCUGUCCAAUGCCGGUCAGUCACCAUGCCUGACAGCACAGAUUCUUCCAGCAAGGUUGUUCGACUUUUAUAUACAAACUCUGGCGCUGGUAUUUUAGCCCUUGGUUCAAAUGGUAUCCAGAAACUUUGGAAAUGGGCUCGCAAUGAACAGAAUCCUACUGGGAAGGCUACUGCCAGUGUUGUUCCACAGCAUUGGCAACCCAACAGUGGUCUUCUUAUGACUAAUGAUAUCUCGGGUGUCAACCUUGAAGAAGCAGUCCCGUGCAUUGCACUCUCAAAAAAUGACUCGUAUGUUAUGUCUGCCUGUGGUGGAAAGGUUUCACUAUUUAACAUGAUGACAUUCAAGGUAAUGACAACAUUUAUGCCACCUCCUCCUGCCUCUACCUUCCUAGCUUUCCAUCCCCAGGAUAACAACAUUAUAGCCAUUGGGAUGGAGGAUUCAUCUAUUCACAUCUAUAAUGUCAGAGUGGAUGAGGUGAAAUCAAAAUUGAAAGGUCACCAAAAUCGUAUUACUGGUUUAGCUUUUUCAACCAAUCUUAACAUAUUGGUUUCAUCUGGUGCUGAUGCUCAACUUUGUGUGUGGAGUAUUGAUACAUGGGAGAAAAGGAAGUCGAUCCCAAUACAACUACCUGCAGGAAAGUCACCUGUUGGUGAUGCACGAGUACAGUUCCAUACUGAUCAACUUCGCUUAUUGGUAGUCCAUGAGACUCAGUUGGCAAUAUAUGAUGCCUCUAAAAUGGAACGCAUUCGGCAGUGGGUUCCUCAAGAUGUUCUGCCUGCCCCCAUAUCAUAUGCAGCUUAUUCUUGUAACAGUCAGUUAAUAUGUGCUACAUUUUGUGAUGCCAACAUUGGGGUUUUUGAUGCUGAUAGCUUGAGACUAAGAUGUCGUAUUGCACCAUCAAUAUGCUUGUCACCAGCAGCUUUAAGUGGAAGCCAAGCUGUGUAUCCUCUUGUGGUUGCGGCUCAUCCACUGGAACCUAACCAGUUUGCUGUUGGGUUAACUGAUGGAUCUGUCAAAGUGAUAGAACCCACUGAAUCGGAGGGAAAGUGGGGAUCUUCCCCACCUUUGGACAAUGGAAUGUUGAAUGGUAGGACAGCAUCAUCAUCUACUACAAGCAACCACACAGCCGAUCAGGCCCAACGAUAAGAUUAAUUGUAUUAUACUAGAGUAGUUCUUUACAUCUGUAAUUUGAUCAGCUUAGUUGUUUAGAUUUUGAUUCACCAAUUUGUCUCGUCAAUAUCAGGUCAGCUUGGACAUAAAAUGGUAAAUGUCUAUACACUCGUGUAUACCUUAAUUUAUUCUAGUUAAACUCAAUUUUAUUGUUUAUAUUUAGGUAUAAUAUUCGUGUUUCUAGCUAAAAUGUAUAUCUGUUAAUUUUCUUCACAUUAUGGUACUCCAUAUAACAUCAAUUGUCAAUUUGUCUUUACUGCAUUGAAAUUAGAAAAUAUAGGAAGGAAUUCCAUCCUCGAAUUGAAUAUUCAAUAUUUCUAUAUAUUUUAUCUCUAGUUUUCAAACGACGUCUUUUAUUUGGGGUUGUGUCUCAAUUCUCCUUUAUAUGAAAAUUGAAAGUUUACUUCAACAUUUUAAAUACCCACAUUCGUUAUUUUUGGGAUGAGAAGACCUCCAUUGCAUCUUGCCUGGAAGACAGAUGAGAUGAAGACUUCCAUUCUGGUAGCAUUGCCUGGAAGAAACCGCGAACUAGCGUGUAUUGUUGAGCUUUAACCGAGCUCCAUGUAGAAGUUUGCUAAAACCCAAUCCAUUUAUCACUUUGCAUUCUGGAGGGCUGAUUCUCUAUUAACAGGUGUUUUAGCAACAGUGGCUUCCUACAAAUUUGCAACUUCCUAUUUCAAUAUAAAACCACCAGAGUUUUCAAGGUCGGAAUUGCCAAUCAUGAACGUGUUGCAUUUGGGAAAAAGAAAAUUGCUGUCGAUGUCAGCAAACUUUUCUUGCAGUCCGAACAAGGAGAAUAUAAUUGUAUGCACCAAUUAUAGACUUGCUAUGUUUGGUUGGAACUUGGAUGAGUGAAUUGAGGAGAAUGAAACCAAUAUUGUGCAAGUGUGUGUAUUAUGUUAUGCACAGACAUAUAAAUCUUACAUUAAU